UGCUCCCUCUGAUGCCAUAUAAUGCUGCAGCUUUUCGUGCGUGUAACAGGAUGUAAAAGUGAUACGGAGAGAGUCUAAUCCCCCGGUUAGAACAAGAUUAAAACGACACUAUGUUUCCCCUUCAACAAAAGCAGGUUACCAGGGUUAUAGGAGCAUUUCUUCCUGGAUAUCAGGCGCCGGUGUGCCGUAUAAAGCCUGAGCGGGACACCCGGCCUCAGCACAGCGGCUGCAGACACCUGAGAGGAUGAUGGCUGUACGGGUCAGAAGAGCGACGUCCACCUUGAUGUUGACUCUGUUUCUGGGAGCCACGUCUGCCAUUUGGCUCCUGGCUCCUGCAGAGGCCUUCAAGCCGCCGUCCUCUUGCUACCCGGUGAACCAGACGGUGUCCCUGGAGAAGGAGGGCUGUCCCAAGUGUCACCUGGUGGAGGCCACCAUCUGCAGCGGGCACUGCACCACCAAGGACCCCGUCGGUAAGAUAGCGUUCGACAGUGUGCACCAGCGCGCGUGCACAUAUUUGGACUUGUACUACAAGAAGUUUGAGCUCCCCGACUGCGCAGCCGGCGUGGACCCGGUGGUCAGCUACCCGGUGGCCCUGAGCUGCGGCUGCAGCCGCUGUUCCAUGGACACGUCCGACUGCACCUUCAGGAGCCUGCCGCCCAACUUCUGCAUGGACGACAUCCUCUCCUACUACUAGCAGCGGGACACACACACACACACACACACACACACACAC